AUGACCAAGAGAAGCCUCUCCAUCACCCAGGGCGAGGGAGAUGGCGUCCGUCGGCGGUCCGUCAACGACCCAGGCGCCGACGCUGCUCUCGCGAAGAUGGGCUACCAGUCCGAACUCCCACGAAACCUGUCCAUGUUGAGCGUCCUCGGCAUGUCCUUCGCCAUCAUGGCCGUUCCUUUCGGUCUCAGCACUACCAUGUACAUCACGCUCACCGACGGCCAGUCAGUGACUAUUCUCUGGGGCUGGGUCCUCGUCUCGCUCAUCUCGCUAUGCAUCGCCGCUUCCCUUGCUGAAAUCUGUGCCGUCUACCCGACAGCUGGUGGAGUCUACUACUGGUCUGCUAUGCUGUCGACGCGCGAAUGGGCCCCCAUCGCCUCGUGGGUAACUGGUUGGCUGACCCUAGUCGGAAACUGGACUGUCACCCUCUCCAUCAACUUCUCUGGCGGUCAACUCAUUCUGUCUGCCAUUACGCUCUGGGAUGAAGACUUCGUGCCGAAUCAGUGGCAGACGGUUCUCAUGUUCUGGGCAGUUAUGCUCAUCUGCAUGACCAUCAACAUCUUUGGCGCAAAACACUUGGACAUUAUCAACAAGAUCUGUAUUUACUGGACGGCUGCUAGUGUGGUCAUCAUCUUGGUUGUCCUGCUAAGCAUGGCUGACGUUAAGAGAAACGCAGACUUUGUUUUCACGCACUAUGACGCUAGCCAAAGCGGAUGGCCAUCGGGAUGGGCAUUUUUUGUCGGCCUUUUACAAGCAGCGUACACACUCACUGGCUAUGGCAUGGUCGCGGCCAUGUGCGAGGAAGUCUCGAAUCCAUCACGCGAAGUCCCCAAGGCCAUUGUUCUUUCGGUUGCCGCUGCAGGUGUUACGGGUGUCAUUUACUUGAUUCCCAUUCUCUUCGUCCUGCCCGAUGUGAAGAUGCUGCUUGACGUCGCUAAUGGACAGCCAAUCGGUCUCCUUUUCAAGACCGUCACGGGUAGCGCCGGCGGGGGCUUUGGUCUUCUCUUCCUCAUUCUCGGCAUUCUCAUCUUUGCCGGCACUGGAGCGCUGACUGCUGCAUCACGCUGCACAUAUGCUUUUGCUCGCGAUGGUGCAAUUCCUGGUUCGCGUCUUUGGGCCAGGGUCGAUAAGCGUUUUGACAUUCCUCUGAUGGCGCUCGUCCUCUCUACCAUUGUGGAUUGUCUUUUGGGUCUCAUCUACUUUGGCUCGUCUGCUGCUUUCAACUCCUUUACCGGUGUUGCUACCAUUUGCCUGAGCACAUCGUACGGCAUGCCCAUUCUCAUCUCGGUUAUUCGCGGCCGGAGGGCAGUCCGCAACUCGUCAUUUUCCCUUGGCCGCUUCGGUUACGCGAUCAACGUUGCCAUGAUUGCCUGGAUUUGCCUGGCUGUCGUACUGUUCUGUAUGCCAGUGAGCUUGCCUGUUGAGGCAGCGACGAUGAAUUACGCAAGUGUUGUCUUUGCUGGCUUCGCGACAAUUAGUGUGGUAUGGUACUUCAUCCGAGGACGAAAGGAAUUCUCGGGUCCACCGGUCCCCAACGAUGUGGAGCCUGGUGAGGAGGGCGUUGUUGCGGGGCUAGCAGUACAGGACAGCAGGCAUGAUGUCGAGGGUAUGGGAGAAAAGGCUGUGGAUUACGACAAUGCGAAGAAGGGUUUUUGA